UCAUUCGCGUCGUGUACGUCGAGCUCGACGUAUCUCGUCGACGGACAAUGUAUACUUCAAAAUUUGGAUUAAAAAAAAAAUUUCGAUGUCUUAUCAUAAAUUUAAAAUUGUGAAUAUUUGUGCCGGCAUUGAUACAUUCAUUUAUCAUGUACUCGUGUGUUUGUCUCAGUAUAGAUUGUAAUUUAAAAAAAAAUAUAGUUUUAAUAAAUAUAAUCAAGUACAACUUGUAAUGAGAAGAAUUAUUACAAAGUGACAAGGUGGACUUUAGCCGAAGGCUCAUGGACAAAAAAAAACAAAAGAAUAAAAAAUAAUCUUGACGAUGAUAGGUGAGAAAAAAAAGUGAUGAUAAAAACGUAGUUGUCAAAAUCUUGGUAAUAUAAAAAAAAAGAAAAAUAACGACAAGACAAAGUAUAUAUGUACAAGAAAAAAAAAAAGAAGAAAAAAAAUAAAAUAAUAGGUUUUUUAUGGUGAUAAAAAAAUAAAAAAAAAUACAUAUAUUCGUCAGUAUGAGAUAACGAGAUUAUAAGAGUGUUGUUGUGUACAUAUUGAAAGUGUUUUAAUGACAAAAAAAAAAGAUUCUAAGCACGCGUGUAAUUUUAAUGUUUUUUUAUGUUAAGUAAAAGAAGAAAAAAAAAGAAAAGUGUUGUGUGUAUUGUGAUUAUGGUGUUGAUGGUGUAAGUGUUGAUUGUGUUAGUGUUGUUUCGGUGUUAGUAGUGGUGGCUUUUGUCGAAAUGAAAAAAGAACGAGGGCUAAAACGUGAGGGUGAAUUGAGGAUGUCAUUUCGGUGAGAUUAAACAAAUGCUGGGGGGGAGGGAAAAUGGGUAGGGGGGUGGUUAGUUGAAAAAAAAAGUGUCAAAUGUAAAUUGUUGUUAUAUUAUCAUUGAUGAUGGCUGAAUAUAAUUUAAUAAUGACAAUUAAUAAUUGUGAAAAUUUUACAAAACAAAAACAUUCAAAACGAAAAAGACAUUAUUAUUUUUUUCUUAGUCAUUGCAAUGUUACAAUAAUUAUUGGUAUACUUGUAUUUAUUAAUAUAUUUUUAUUAUGUGAUGGACAAAAACCAAAUAAUCUUGGUGGUGUUAAACGUAAAGAUGUUUAUAUUGCUGGAUUAUUUCCAUAUGGUAGACAUGUACCUGAACACCAUAUUGGACGUGGUGUUAUGCCUUCAGUUAAACUUGCAGUUGAUCAUGUCAAUGAUAAUGCAAAUGUUCUCAGAAAUUAUCGACUUCAUAUGUGGUGGAAUGAUACUGCUUGCAAUGCAGCAGUUGGUGUUAAGGCAUUCUUUGACAUGAUGCACAGUGGUCCUCAUAAAGUGAUGCUGUUUGGUGCUGCUUGUACUCAAGUUACUGAUCCAAUUGCAAAAGCAUCAAAACACUGGCGUCUCACUCAGUUGAGCUAUGCAGAUACCCAUCCCAUGUUUGGAAGUACGAGUUUUCCAAAUUUUUUCCGAAUAGUACCAUCGGAAAAUGCAUUCAAUGCGCCUCGAGUUGCCUUACUCAAUCAUUACAACUGGACAAGAGUCGGAACAAUCUAUCAAAAUGAGCCCAGAUAUUCCCUCGCACACAAUAGACUCGUAGCAGAUCUUGAUGACAAUAAACUAGAGGUUGUUGAGACACAAAGUUUUGCAACUGAAGUCAGUUCGGCACUUGGAAAACUCAAAAGUAAAGAUGUCAGAAUAAUACUUGGUAAUUUCAAUGAAGUAUGGGCAAGAAAAAUUUUUUGUGAAGCCUACAGGUAUAAAAUGUAUGGGAGAAAAUAUCAGUGGGUGAUAAUGGGCACUUAUACUGAGGAAUGGUGGCUUGGUUCUGACGGUGGUUGUGCACCAUCUGAACUUGCAGAGGCACUUCAGGGCGCCAUUUUGACUGACCUACUUCCACUGUCAACUGAGCGUCAUGUCACAAUUUCCGGCAUUACUCCUGAUGAAUAUCAAGUUGAAUAUGAUUCACGUCGUGGUAAUGAAUACUCACGUUUUCAUGGUUAUACAUAUGAUGGCAUAUGGGCUGUUGCAUUGGCAAUACAACAUGUAUCACGUAGAAUACGACACUACAGAAGAAAUCAAACAGUUGCUGACUUUAAAUAUCGUGAUCCAUUGUGGGAAAAAUUAUUUCUUGAAGCAUUAAAAAAUACUAGUUUUGAAGGUGUUACUGGUCCUGUAAGAUUCUACGACAACGAAAGAAAGGCCUACAUACUUUUGAAGCAAUUUCAAAGUGGUAGUGAAGUUAAAGUGGGAGAAUAUGAUGGUGUUACUGAUACACUGGAUCUCAGUAGAGGUCAACCGAUGGUUUGGCGUGGACGAUCACCCCCAAAGGAUCGUACUGUACAAGUUAUUGAACACUCAACCGUCAAUAUAACAAUUUACUCAAUUAUUGCAACAACAGCUGCUGUUGGUAUUGUUAUGGCUGCUAUUUUUUUAGCCAUCAACAUCAGAUACAGAAAUCAAAGAUAUAUUAAAAUGUCAUCACCACAUCUUAAUAAUUUAAUUAUCAUUGGAUGUAUGUUAACAUACAGUAGUGUUAUAUUUCUUGGUCUUGAUUCAACUCUAUCAAGUGUAACUGCUUUUCCAUAUAUUUGUACUGCGAGGGCGUGGCUCUUAAUGGCAGGUUUUUCACUUGCAUUUGGUGCAAUGUUUUCAAAAACUUGGCGUGUACAUUCUAUAUUUACUGAUGUCAAGCUCAAUAAAAAAGUAAUCAAGGAUUAUCAGCUUUUCAUGGUAGUUGGAGUUUUAUUGGUCAUUGACUUUGCAAUAAUGACAACGUGGCAAGUUGCUGAUCCUUUUUAUAGAGAAACAAAACAAAUGGAACCAUAUCCACAUCCUUCGAGUGAUGAUAUUAUGAUGAUACCAGAAAAUGAAUAUUGCCAAAGUAACAGAAUGACAAUAUAUCUUUGUAGUAUUUAUGCAUACAAAGGACUGCUUAUGAUAUUUGGUGCAUUUUUGGCAUGGGAAACACGCCAUGUCAGUAUACCAGCAUUAAAUGAUAGCAAAUACGUUGGCAUGAGUGUCUACAAUGUUGUGAUAAUGUGCAUUACUGGUGCAGCAAUCAGUUUUGUACUUGCUGACAAACAAGAUACAAUGUUUAUAAUGCUUUCAGUAUUCAUUAUAUUUUGUAGUACAGCUACACUUUGUCUCGUAUUUGUGCCAAAAUUAAUUGAAUUAAGAAGAAAUCCUCAGGGUGCAAUUGAUAAAAGAAUGAUAAGAGCAACUUUAAGACCGUCAUCAAAAACAAGAAGAGAUUCAAAUAUCAGUGAAAUGGAAGAACGUCUUAAAGAUGCAACUUAUACUAAUCAAAAAUUUAGAAAACAAUUGCAAGAAAAAGAAUCAGAACUUCAAAUGUUUCUUCGACGACUUGAAGAUGAUGGAACACUUCAAAAUACAAAAGAAGCUAUGAAUCGUCUAACUGUACCACAAAAUGAAACUCUCAUCAAACGAGAAGAGUCCACUGUCCAACAACGUAACGGCAGACAAAAUCACAAAGGUCCUUCUAUGGCAACUGAAACAACAGAUGUAUCAUUGUACAGUUUAAACUCGGCAACAGUAAUUCAGCCUGAAGGUGAAUAUGUGAACGUCAUUGGAGCAGCUGAACAACAAACAAUUGCAAAAAAAAAAACAUCUUUUGGUAAAUUGGCGAGUGACAGUGAGCGAACACCAUUAAUGACAAUUUCAGCAACAGGCUCACCAUCAUCUCAAAAAAAAUAUAACAAUGACGAGGGUAAAGACAGUGAGCCACUGAUUAAAAAAAGUCCUAAUCAUGGAUUAACCAAUAACAAUGGUAAGACAAAUGUCGAAUUUGUAUCAGAAAAUAUUGAAGAAUCUGAAGAAAUUGUUGUACUUGAAGAUAAAAAUUUGUCAAUUGAUAAAAUAAUAAAUAUUAAUAAAAAAAUAAUUGAUACAUGUGUUGAUACUCGUGCGAGACUUCCAACACCACCACCUCCAACAUCUAAAAAUGUAUCAUUUGGUGAAUUACAUGAACAACGUUAUCUUGAACAACCAAUUUUACCACCACCAGUUCAAUUUAUACCAAAACAUCGACAUCAAAGUCAUCAUCAAAAUUCAACAAAGCGUCGAUCAUCAGUAAAAAAUAAUGGUUUGGCUCAAUCACAUCAUGAACUUUUUGAAAAACGCCGAACAAGUGUACCAGCGAAUACUAUUAGUUAUAUAUCAACGGAUAAUGUGUCAAAGACAGAUAAAAUUGAAGAGUCCCUCGGCUCAAUGGAACGUGCAUAUGCUAUUGGCGAGUGUACACAUCGUAAAGCAACUGGAUUUAUUAGUGGUGGUACUGGUUACAGGUGUGAAAAACAUGGCGGUGGUGGUGGAGGUGGUGGUCGUAGUAGUACACAUACACAUAUAUUAAAUGGCUCAACAGAAAUAACAUCGAAAAAACAUCGUGAUUGUAAAAAUGGCAGCUCUCCUAGUGUAUCAGCUUUACUCAAUGCCAGUUGCUCUGAUACAGAAAAAUAUGAUGACAAUAUGGCAACAAUGAUUCAACGAUCAGUAUCAGAAAGAUCUCGUGAAAAAUGCAAUCGUAGUCGUGGUAUUUCAAGUCACGUUGUAACAGAAUGUCGUCAUCGUACACCAUCACGUAAACAUCGUGAAUGUCGUCAUAGUGAAUCAAAACUACGACAACAAGCUCGUCUUGAAUACGUACAAAGCAGUCCAAAUGUUGCAACAAUACAUAAUAGUAAAUUUUCAAGCACAAAUCCAAGAGGUGGUGGUAUUUGUGGUACUAGUAGUAGUAGUGGUCAUCAUCGUGGUGCUAGUGGUAGUGUUAUUAAUCGUGGUGGUAUUAUAAGUAGUAGAAAUAUUGUUGGUGGUAGUACAAUUGGUGUAAGUGGUUCAACUAAUAAUUUAUCAAAGAUGUACAGUGCUGUGUCUGAUGGUGAACUAUUAGAUCUUGAUAUAUUACCAAUAUUUCAAAAAUUAUUAAAUGAACGUCAUAAAAGUACAACUCGCAGUGGCAGUUAUGGUGCCAAUAUUGCUAGUUGUCCAAAUAUAUCUAUUAAAUGUGAUAUUGUUGAAUACCUCUAACGUAUCACAUUCAUUGUGUCAAUAUAUAUAGUUGAAAAUUUAGUCAAAAUCAUUUUUUUUUUUGAAAAUUAUUAUUCAUUAUUAUAUCAAUUUAAUUAUAUAUAGACAUUACCUCAUCGCUCUAACUUUAUCUAGUCAAAAAAUAAAACAAAACAACAACCAAAGAAAGCAAAAAAAAAAUAUAUAUAUAAAAACCGUCAACAGCACAAGCUUAAUUAAGUUUAUCGCGUCGAAAGCGUCAAUUAUAUAACGAACUCUGAAGAACGAUGAUAACGAGUUUCAAAUGUUGCCAAUGAUCGAAGGAACAUUAAACUCAUCGAGCUGAAAAUAUCAAGCUAAGGGUAAUAAAAAUAAUAAUUAUAAUAAUAAUAGAAAUAAAAAUUAAUUGAAAUUAAUUGAAGAAGAAAAGAAAAUCACAAUACUAUAAAAAAAAAACGUGUCGUACAAUCUUUUAAAAUCGAUUGCCAUCAAAUACUGGGUAUAACGUAGUAGAAUAGAUAGUCGAUGGAAAAAUAAAUUAAACCAAAAAUUUAUUACAUUAUAAAUAAGUGGGUUUUUUUAAUGAAUUAAAGUCCUGGUUGAUAUAAAUAACGGGUGAAGCUUAGAUUUUAUUAUGUCUUAUUUGAAUUGGUAAAAUCUUGAAGAUGCUGAGUAUCUGCAACAACAGAAUACAACAACAGCUCAUUCAAAUUUCAAGUUCUCUUUGAUUACAGUACAAGAGUAUAUGUAAACAUCUUGAUGUUUUUUUUUUUUGUUAUAUUUAUACUUGCAAAUGAAUUUUAUGAAAUAAUAACAAAAGUAAACGGACUAUUUGCCUAAAAAAAAUAUACAAAUCAACCAGGUACACAGUUAAAUUCAAGGUGAGACAAAAAUAAAUGAAAAUUAAAAGAAAAACCAUUCUUUUUACGAUGUGUAAAUUAUAGUUAAAAUCUUGGUUAUCUCUGCCAAUAUCUCAUGGAUAAAUUGUUGAUAACUUCCAUGUAUAAAAUAAAAAACAAAAACCUAAAUUAACUUAAUACUAAAAAAAAAAUCUAUAAAAAUGUUUUUCAAUAUUAUGAAUAUAUGUAUGUAACGAGGCAUAAAAAUGUUAAUGAUAAAAAAAAAUUUUUGUUUAGAAAAUGACUUGUAUGAAUGUUAGCUCGUUACUUUGGCAAGACCAUUUGAACGAUGAUAUAAAUAUUAAUUAAUUAUAAAUAAAUAUUAAAUAAGGAUCGUCGAUCGAUCAAUUGUUUUGUGGGGAAUUUAAUAAAUUGUCAAUAAUUCAUACUAAAUAAUUAACAAAUUUUUUUUAAAUACAUUUAAAAAAUAAAAUAACGAAAAAUUAAAAUAUAAAUUUAACUAAAUAUGUUAAAUUCCUACAACAAAAAAAAAAAAAACUUAUAUAAUUUUUUGUAAAUUUUAAUAUCGUUAAUGUCGUUCAUAGAGCGCAAUGCCUCAUUCAUUUUUUCUACUCUAGUCAAAAAUUAUAUUAUAUUUAAAAAAAAAAUAUCUAAACAAAGAAAAAAAAUAAUAUAUUAAAAUAUGGAACAAAAUGGGUCAUCACAUAAUAAUCAUUUAAAUUUUAAAAGAAUAUUAAAUGAGAAUUGUUUUUUUUUUUAUUUUUUAUAUUUUGCCUCAGGUAAUUUCAUUUCUUUUGUUGAUCACAUUGUGUCUCGACUUUUUCUCAUUAAUAAACUCUGUCAAUUUAAAAAAAAAAAGUAAAUGAAUAAACUUGAAAAAGUAUAAUCUUGUAAAUAAUAAAAAAAACUAAAAUUAUUGUCAACAAAAUGUUUAAUAUAAUAAUAUUAUGUUUAUAACCAUCAUGUAAACAAUAUUAUUUUGACAAAUUUUAAUAUUUAAUUUGUCAAAAUAAUAGUGGAAAAAAAAAAGAGCAAAUUUAUAGAAUAUUUCCCAAAACACACACGAAAUGUGAUACUGUUAAUUUGACUUUGUACAAGUACCUAACAAGUACCUCACGAUCAAGUCGCAAUACAUAAAUGUUUAUAAGUAUGUCUGAUUAUAAAAAAAAAAAAACUAACGAUAUAAAAUCGUUGGCAAAAAAAAAAAAAGAUGUUUAAAUAUAAACAUGAAAAAAAAAAGAAUAAAAAAAAUUUUAAAUAAAAUUAAAAAUCUGUAAUAAAAAAAAAAAAAAAAAAGCAAAAAAAUAUAUAUAUAAAAAAAUAAUAGGUAAAAGAAAAAAUUCAAGUGUGGAAGCCAGAUGAACGAGAAGAAAAAAAAAAGAAUAUAUAUAUAAUACGGUUAAAAAAAACAAAUAUUUAUUAAAUUAUUUCAAUUAUUAUUUUUAUUAUAAUUUUAUAAUCAAAUUAUUAUUUUUUUUUCAUUCCAGAUAAACAGUAAAAAAAAAAAAUGUCAACAACUGUUUUUGAAGAUUGCUACGUUGAAAGGGCCCUCAUCCAAAGCACUUGCAUAAAAUUAUCUCAAAAUGUUUUCAUUUAAAAAUUUUUAUUUGAAGCAAAAAGAAGAAAAUAACUACAAGAAAUCAUCAUUGUUUAUCCUUUAGCGAAAACUGAAUAAAUUAUAGUUUAAAUUUAUGCAGUUAUAUAGUAAGCCUUGACAAGAAUAUGCACGACUGAUCAAUAAUUCGAUCGGUCGAUUUAUAGCCACUGUAAUAUUGCCUGUCUGUCUUUAUUUCCAUGUACAAUUCGCAUAAAUAACGGAUUAAUUCAAACCAUUGGUGGAUCAACUAGAGAUCAGUGAGGGACUAGUGGAGUAAGAGACAUCAUGUCAGACUGAA